AGAAUGUGGGCAUGGGUGCGACCGAUUCUUCUAUGGGGGAUCCUUUGAUCUUAAAUUCUUUGAUUGAUAUGUUAAAAAAUUGACAAGGGCAACAAAUUACUAUGAUGGUGCAUGAGGCCAUCUCGAAAGUAACUCCAUCUUGUGUGAAUCUUGUUGGCAUGAAGGAUCUAGCUGUGCCCUCCAAUACAUCUACUAUUAUGGUAGAGGAUGUCUCAAGGAUUACUCCAACAAACACUGAUGUUCCUAAUGUGGGUUCAGUCAGAGUUCUCCCACCAUCCGAACAAGUUUCCUUGAGGAGUCUCAUAGAUUCCCAAUCAAGAAUACUAAGGCUCCUACCAGAUACUCCUGAAAAUAUUCCUAUCAGACAAGAAAUAAGUGAACAAAUUCAGUUAUGGGAAAGGGCAUUAUUGGAGAGUGUAGGGCCUACCUCAGAUGAACAGGAAAUAAAUGACAAAGUGGUUGAUGCACCUAUAGGAGCAUCUACCUCAACCCAAAGGACUACAACAAUAUCCUCAGUGACUACAAAAGGAAUGCAAGAAGUUACAAUCUUGCUAACCUCAGAAGGAAAUGUCUUGAAGGAUGAAGUGGGGUUAAAAUUCUUUCACUUUAUUUUUCAUCGCGCUGAACAAUUAUUCGGCAAUACCAUUCAAAUAGAUUGGAGGAAGCAAUCUGAUGCUAAGAAAGACAAACUCUUUAAAGAUGUCAUAGAAGCAUUUGGAAAUCUAGGUUUCAAUAAGGAAAUUAUUGUAGAUAUUGCACGAAAAUACAUGCACUCUAAAUGA